AAGCAGAGAGAGGAAACGGUUUCCUGGAGGAGUCGGGAACCGGGAGGGGUGGGAGGCGGGAGGGUGGGGGCCAAAGUUAGUCCGCCGCCCGAGGCGGGGCGACAGGGAAGAAGUGCCGGGGCUAAAGCGAGGAAGCGGGAGAAGAGAGAGAGCACGCGAGAGAGAACGGGAGAGCUUCUGUCAAUCAAUCGCCGCCUCAUCGACGCACCAGCCUCCCUUUCUCCGAUCUCGGGAACUUUUACACCAACCCAUGCCGCAGCUCCGUGCCCUUUCUGGCCUGCCGCUCGUGCCACUGGCUCGGACAUAACCAAGGGUAAAUCGCUUGGGGGUAGCGAUGGGCAGCUCGGCGUCGUCGCUGGCCGCCGAGACAGAGUCGGACCAUGGCUUCACUGGGCCAACCUACCCAGGGCACCUGGCUGCAAGCUGGUAUAGGAGUAGUCCUGACAGCCCAUUUUGGGAAAGCGCCCUUAUAACACGGCAGCAUCAACACCUGAAUCCCCGAGCACGAAGCCACACCCACUCGUCUGGUUCUAUGGCCACCGUGCGGGAAUGGUCCUGCACCCGCUGCACGUUCCUGAACCCCGUGGGCCAGCGCCAGUGCUCCAUCUGUGAGGCCCCCCGCCAGAAGCCUGACCUCAACCACAUCCUGCGCCUCAGCGUGGAGGAGCAGAAAUGGCCCUGCGCCCGCUGCACCUUCCGGAACUACCUGGGUAAAGAGACCUGCGAGGUAUGCGGCUUCACCCCUGAGCCCGGCCCAGGGGGCUCGCCGCUUCCCAUCAUCAACGGGGUCCUGCCCAAACCCACCAUCUUGGUGGAGCCCAAGGGGACAUGCAAGGAGGAGAUUGCCAAAGUGGAAAGCAGCAGUGAGGACUCUGGGGGGAAGAGCCCAGAGGAGGUGGCCUUGGAGGAUGGCUGGGCCUGCCAGCGCUGCACCCUCCACAACACCCCCGUGUCGAACUCCUGCUCCGCCUGCGGGGGGCCCCGCAAGCUUUCGCUGCCCAAGAUCCCUCCAGAGGCGCUGGUCGUCCCUGAAGUCAUUGCUCCGGCUGGCUUCCAAAUAGCCCCUGCCACCCCUCAGCCUGGUGCCGUUGCAGAGACCCCCGAGAGCCACCCGGUUGCCAACCCAGGCACUGCCGCCCCAGAGCAGGAGAGCCAGAAGAUGCCAAGCUUCAGCCUUUUCUCUCCUGGCCUCCAAAACAACCCGGUUCCCCGCAGCCGCCGAGAGGUGCCCCCGCAGCUGCAGCCCCCGGUGCCCGAGACCUCCCAGCCUGCCUCCCCACCCGCACCUGUGCAGAAAGCCAUCCACUUCCAGGAGCUGCUGGCAACCAAGCGGAUGAGCGCCCUGGAGGAAGAGAUGGAGGUGAGCCCCUCCCACUGGAAAUGCAGCUCCUGCUCCCUCCUGAACGCCUCGGGGAGCGGCACGUGCGAGGCCUGCAGCAACCAGAACGGCAGCGACAUCAUCGACCUGACAGGGGACUCCGUGCGCUUCACCCCCUGCGGCCCGUCCAGCCCCGACUUCACCACCUGGUCCUGUUCGAAAUGCACCUUGAAGAACCCCACCGCCUCGCAGAAGUGCAAAGUGUGCGGCUCCUCCAAGCUCCACGGCUUCCAAGAGCACGAGCUGCCUGCCAAGUGCCCCGAGUGCGGCUCGGACAAGGGCGCCUGCCCGGUGUGCAGCUCCAGAGCUCCCUCGGCCCGCAAAGUGGCCCGCCUCUUCCCCCCACAGCCCCUGGCAGCCCCUGAGAGGCCCAGCCAGUGGCCCUGCCCGGCCUGCACCCUGCUGAACGAGCUGAAGGCUAAGCACUGUGUAGCCUGCCACACGCCUCAGAGGUACAUGGCACAACGCAAGGGGGCCAAGCCGCUCCGGCGCCGGGAGAGCAUGCACGUGGAGAAGCGGCGCCAGACAGAUGAGGGGGAAGCCAAGGUUCUCUGGGAAAAUAUCGUCUCCUUUUGUCAAGAGAACAAAGUCAACUUUGUGGACGACAGUUUCCCGCCGGGCCCCAAGUCGGUCGGCUUCCCCGAAGGCGACAGCGUCCAGCAGCGGGUCAAGCAGUGGCUGAGGCCUCAUGAGAUCAACUGCAGCAUCUUCAAGGACCGCUCGGUCAAAUGGUCCGUCUUCCGGACUCCUCAGCCCUCAGACAUCCUUCAAGGGCUCCUGGGGAACUGCUGGUUCCUGAGCGCUCUGGCUGUUCUGGCGGAGAGGCCCGAGUUGGUGGAGCGGGUCAUGAUCACCAGGACCAUCUGCCCAGAGGGGGCCUACCAGGUGCGGCUUUGCAAAGACGGCACCUGGACCACCGUGCUGGUGGAUGACAUGCUGCCCUGCGACGAGUGCGGCUACCUCCUCUUCUCUCAGGCCCAGAGGAAGCAGCUGUGGGUGGCCCUGAUUGAGAAAGCCCUGGCCAAACUCCACGGUUCAUACUUUGCCCUCCAGGCAGGGCGCGCCAUCGAAGGCCUGGCUACGCUCACCGGCGCCCCCUGCGAGAGCUUGAUGCUGCAGGUCAGCUCCACUAACCCUCGCGAGGAGUCCAUUGACACUGACCUCAUCUGGGCCAAAAUGCUGAGUUCUAAGGAGGCUGGUUUUCUGAUGGGCGCUUCUUGCGGAGGGGGUAACAUGAAGGUGGACGAUGCAGCCUAUGAGAGCAUGGGGCUCCGCCCACGGCACGCUUACUCCAUAUUGGACGUACGAGACGUCCAAGGAUGCAGGCUCCUGCGACUCCGUAACCCCUGGGGCCGUUUCUCGUGGAACGGCAGCUGGUCUGAUGAAUGGCCCCACUGGCCGGCACUCUUGCGGCAUGAUCUCAUGCCCCACGGGAGCAGCGAAGGAGUCUUUUGGAUGGAGUACAGCGACUUUAUCAGGUAUUUUGACUCAGUGGACAUCUGCAAGCUCCAUUCAGACUGGCACGAGGUCCGUGUCCAGGGCCUCUUCCCCGACAAGGCCAGUGGGCCCAUUACCGUCACCUCGCUGACUGUGCUGGAGCGCGCAGCCUUGGAGUUUGCCCUGUUCCAGGAAGGCAGUCGGCGCUCAGACUCCGUGGACAGCCACUUGCUGGACCUGUGCAUCAUGGUCUUUCGUGCCACCUUCACCAAUGGCAACAAGCUGAACCUCGGCCGCCUGAUGGCGCACAGUAAGCGUGCCGUCAAGAAAUUCGUCAACUGCGAUGUGAUGCUGGAGCCAGGCGAGUACGCCGUGGUGUGCUGUGCUUUCAACCACUGGAACACCCCAGUCUCAGGCACCUCAGUCGGCCAAGUAUCCAGCCCUACCACCAGCUUCGGGUGUGCUACUGCCGCCGCCGACCUCUCCAGCUACAUCCUGGCCAUCUACAGCUCCCGUUUGGUGAUGGUGGAGCAGAUAGAAGCUCAGUCGACCACACUGGCAGACGCCAUCAUCCUGCUAACCGAGAACAAGGGCGAGCGGCAUGAGGGGCGCGAAGGGAUGACCUGCUACUAUCUGACACAUGGCUGGGCGGGUCUCAUAGUUGUUGUGGAAAACCGGCAUCCCAAAUCUUACCUGCACAUCCAGUGCGACUGCACAGACAGCUUCAAUGUGGUGUCCACGCGGGGCAGCCUGAAGACGCAGGACAGCGUGCCCCCGCUGCACAGGCAGGUACUGGUGAUUCUGUCCCAGCUGGAAGGGAAUGCCGGCUUCUCCAUCACCCACCGCUUGGCCCACCGCAAAGCCACCCAGGCCUUCCUGAACGACUGGAUGUCGACCAAGGGGACGCACAACCCACAGCUGACGCCCGACGUAGCGGGGCUCCACGGACCCCGGCCGCUAUGACAAAUGGCCUCGCCCCCCCUGCCGCUCUUCCGCUUCUGCCUUUUCUCGGGACCCAUCUGCCUUGGGCGUUGCCCGAGCCGCCGUUACUGAACCGUAAGGGUUGAGGAGGAGGAGGAGGAGGAGGACAGUGACAACCGCGACGGACUGGGUGUCUCAAGCCAAGCGCCUUUCCUCCUUUCCCCGAGGAGUCAGGCAGGGAGCUGCUCAGGUUCCCCCCUCCCUUGCAAGCCCCCCCCCACUGCAUUUCCUCCCCCCACUCCUCCCCCCACAAAUCAUGCACUUUAUCCAGAGCUGCUGUCAAAAUAGGAGACCAAGGGAAUUUCACAGUCUGGAAGAAAGGGCAAGUCCCACCUAUCGGACACACAGAAUCCUGGGACUCGGCCCUCCCUGCAGCUGCCAAAAACCCCUACAGCUGCAACAAUAUACCUCUGGCCACUGUGUCUCCGUGUGUGUGUGUGUGCAUGUGUGUAUGUGUGUGUCUGCCUUGCCCCACUGUUGAUCGUGUCGGCUGGGCCCCGCAGCGGGGUGGGCUGAGGUCAGGGAAAGGGGAAUGGGAUAUGUAGCCUCUUCUCUUCCUCUUCCUGUACUGGGAUUGCCAUAGACAGACAGGAGGGCACUGACUUCCCCCAAGCUGGGUUUCCUUUCCCUUUUGUCGCUAGUUGAGCAACGGAGAUUCGGGGUAUCCGACAAAAAGACCGUAGCGCUGUUGAGACUGAUGUACCUAUUUUGCCCCAGGGUGGCCCAGCAGUAAAGCAGGGCUCUUGCAACACGGGCUCAAGCUGGCUUAUUCGCCUAGGGUGAGCAGCGUUUUUUGCUGAGCGAGUAGCAAGCCCAGUUCGAAACACUCCUGCCAACUUGCAACGCACAUGGUGGGAGGGUGGGCUCAUGCAAAGCCUUGCACAGACCGGUAACUUCCUUUCUUUUUGUACUUCUGUGCACAGCUGGCCUAAGUAUGCACAACGGACUUGUUUAACUGCAUAGGGCUGUGGAUAGGAUCUCUUUUCCCGCCUCCUUGGUUCCUGUGCCAAUGCCCCUGAGGAGAAGGCUCACGUGAAGAAAGGUCAGGUAGGCAGUGAGGUGGGGGGAGUGCCCCUUUCUGCGCCAGCUAAAAGCCAUUUUCCCUUGUCCGCGUGGGGCGCAGCCGCAGUUGUACGCCCCCCGGGAUUUCAAUGCAGAAUUCUGGUUUUGCAAUGGGCACGGGAAUAGCCUGUUCCCGUAUCAGAAGGGGAUGCUCUCUGGUGUACUGCAAGCUCCCAUAAGGACACAGCUGUCUGGGUCUUGCACAAGGGCGAAGGAGUUUGCUUGUGUGGUGCUUAUGAGCCACCCAGGGCGGAAGUGCCAAGAGGCUUCCCAGUUCUGUUCAUAGCGGACUGCAGGCCAAUGGGAGUCAAGCCACAGCUCAGAAGCAGAGGAGAACGGAGCAUUUGUCUUUCCCAAGGGUGCCUUCUGUGCUUGCAAUUUAGCAGUAAUUCGGAAGCCUGCGGGCAAGCGUCUUAGCAAACAUUCACACUUUGGUUUGGUAACGUGGCCCUUUCGUUCUCUGCACCUCUCCGCUUUCUAGCUCGAUGCUGAGCUCUGCCUCCUUUGACUCUUGCAGACAGAUCCUUCUUAACCCAUCUGGGGUGACUGCCCCCUCCCCCCCACCUGACCCAGGGACCCUUACGCUGGGAAGGGAUCGGCUGUGGGGCAGAGAUGCACUAGAGACCGAGGGGCUCGUGUCAUUCCCAGAUCAAGAGAGAGUUUGAGCAUGGUGGAUGCAGCCACCCGUGGCAUUGGGACUCGGUAACAGGGUAUCAAGGUCAGGGUUUCGGGUCCAGAGGAUGGGCUCAAAGCACAGGGCCCCUCUGGGAGGAGCGGGUGGCGUUUUCUUGCUCGCUUCAUUGAUUCGGGUACAGGGUUGGUGGCAUGCAUCCCAGGAAGAGUCGGAGGAUCUCUCUCCCUUCCGUGGCUCUAAAGUAUGACCAAGUCCUGUGUCGGACAGGGCUGUGUUGCUUCGUAUGAGCCAACCAGCACAAAAACCAUUUGUUCGGUUCUCCCUCCCUGCACACACACACACACACACACACAUCAUGCACAGACCUGCUGGCUCGUAGUGUGUAUAAGGGCAAAUGGAAAAGCAACAUUUUUUUCAGGCAGCAAUCGCAAACCUCUUCCGAGAACCUUUGCGGGUGGCUCCUUGCGAACCGGGCCUGGCCCAGGUUAUCCCCCCGUCCAUCGCUUUCCUUUCAGCUCUGCAGGUUGGUGGGAACAGCGUGGCCAGACCCGACUGUUUGCACUUCUCAGGUCGGAGCUCUCUUGGUGGUUUCACAAGGGUUCUGCCGUAGGUGGCGAUGCUGCUGUUUGUUUGGGGUGGGGGGAGAGAUCGCCAGAGCCAAAGAGCACUGUAGAGAUCCAGGCCAGAGACAGCAAUCUGACCUGUUGAUUGGCAGUUCAGAACUGCGGGAAGGGAGAGGUAAGUCUGUGCAGAUGCGGCACUGGCAAGCAAAGUGGUGCAGUGUGCAUAUCUGCAUUCCUUGAGGAUAGGAUUGUUGCCCUGUCCAGGGCUCCUGUUCUUUUGAUAGCUGCAGGACAGGCAGAAAUUUCACAGGGGAAGCUCUCUCACGCACACACACACAAAGACACAAAGACACACACACACACAAAUGUAAAUUUCUGCUAAAGGGCUAGGUGCCCUGCCAGAAGGCAGCAGUGCCUUCUUUCGAGGCUCCUAAAGUUUGCACUGAAGGUCCUCCUGCAGUGUUUUCUGGGAAAUGUAGUCCUUUCUGAGUUUAAGGCAGGUGCACCUGAAAGCUUUUAUUGAUUGGGUGAGGGAAAGCGGGGGGAGAGGGGUUGGGGAGGACAAGGUUGUCUUGUGGUGCAUGCUCUUUCUCAAAAGGGUUGGGUGUCCGUGACUUCCAUGGGAGGCAUUUGGUGUUGUCAGCGACCUGGUCCUGCAGCAAGACAUGGCUAAGGAUGCAGUGGCUGUUUUUGCAACCAGGUCUUAGGAAGCAUCUGCCUCUUGGGGGUGCAUCCACACUGCGCAUUGAAACUGGUUUAGCAUUUGUCCUUCCUGCCCCAGGGUAGCCCAGGCAGGGUAGCAAUCUUGGAUUGAAUAAUUCUCUCUUCCUUUACUGAGCCACAGCCCCACAAGGAUCCUUUGGGGAGGAGAGGAGAAACAGUGACAUUUUUGACUGGCCUGAAACCAUUACGUCUGUAGAGCAGAAGAGGAUCUUUUCGGCAGAUGUUGGCUUGAACUUUGGGGCCCUGACAACCUCUGUUGAGCUGCUUCCGGAGCUUGAAGGAGGGCAGUGUUGAGGGCUUGAAGUUGACUUUUGGAUUGUAGAGUGGCCAUGCUGGAUCAUGAUAAGAAAUUCUCCAUUCUCCCAAGCUCCUUUUCCUCUCCAUUUCAAUCAGGUAGCCAUGAACAGGAGGUUCCUUUCCUUUUGUCGGCCCAUCAGUGCCCCCACUGCCCCAAAUGUCCUUAUCAAUGUUCACGCUUUCAUCUGGUUCCCCCUUUUCCCCAAAUGGCUACUCCAGACCAGGGGGUGGCCCAGCCUGUCUUUGUUUUGGCUCCGUCAAAACGUCUUCUCCCUUUCCGACGUGUCUCGUCUUCUCUGUCCUCUCUCUCUGUGAGCUGUGAAUAAUUUUUAACUCUGUACAUAUUGACCAGCUCUUAAGAAAACAUAGGAUAUUUUAUCAAAUUGUAAAUCGGAAAUCUGUAAUCGGUUCCCUGUAUAAUACGAAUUAUCCCAUGGGUGGUUUUCAAACUCAGGUUCCAAAGGACCAAAUAAUAAAAAAAAAGUUUUGUUUUGUAA